UUGUUACCUUUCUUAUCACUCCUUUACCAGUGAAGGGAAAGGAGAUCCUGGUAUCUGGAAGCUGAGAGCCUAGGAUCAAAUGCUGGACUUGCCGCUUACCUUCGGCAAAACACAAGUGUCUAAGAGUUCCCUCGAUGGUAAGACGUGUGGGAUUCACUACCUCUAAGGUCCCUUUUAGUUCAAAAUCUCUGAACCUAUUUUGUCUUCCUCAGGUAGAACUGAAACUCCAAGAGGGCAGCAAUUCACGUUUUCUUUUGCAUCUCCAGCACCUAGCAGGAUAUCUCGAGGUUAAAUGGAUACCCAUUUUACCAGUCAGGCCACUGAGGUUCAGGAAGGAAAGGAGUGGGAGCAGGCAGCUGUCGGGGUCGCCCUGCCUCCCUCAUUUCAGCCUCGGGAUGAGAUCUCAGGCUACAACCGGGGUACCUAGGUCAGCAGCACGAAAACAAAACCUGAGCCGAGCCCAAGAAAUGAAGAGGGGCCUGGGGCAGCCUCAAAACGCAGCAUUUGGGCCCAGCACCUUGGUCCGACCCGCCCCUGGGGGCACCUGGAACGCCGGAAGUACCCCCACCCGCCCCCCCCGCAGCAGCAGGUACCUAGGCCACCGCCAACUGCAGCAGCAGCAGCAGCAGCAGCAGCAGCAGCAGCUUCUUCUCACCUACUCCUCCUGCCGGGAGAGAGCACUGCGCAAGCGCGCUGUCCUGAAAGGCUACCCCACCCUCAAUCGCCUGACUCCCGCUCUUCCCAGGUUUUCGAAGGCAGGGAGAAGGGAACCCCAAAUCGGCCCGGGCCCCCAGGAGAAAGUGUUGGACCUGUUCGUCAAAUACCACACUGUUUUAGGCUAUAGCUUCUUGAGCCUGCUGGCAGCUGGCGGGGAGAGUCUCUUAUCCAGCGUAGUGUUCCAGUGCCCCUGCAGCGCUACCUGGAACCUUCCCUAUUCCCUCAUCUUCCUCCUGGUUCCCGCUCUGGUCCUCUUCCUUCUGGGCUGCCUGCUGAGCACCCGGGCCAAGCGGCUCAUGACAGGUUGCUGUGCGCCGGGCGGUGAGGAAGAAGAGCCCAGUGAAGCUGGCCGGGACUUGUGCAUGGGGAUGGUGACAUACUGUCACUUCACCUUGGCCGCUGCUGUGGCACCCAUCACUUGGAUCGCAGUGGCAUUACUCGGGGGAGGUUUCUAUGAGUGCGCAGCCAGUGGGAGCACCUGGGUAUCUCGGCAGUUGUGCCAUCAAGAGGUCAAUUGUACCAAGCAGCUGCCACAAGUGCCCUGCCAAAAAGCAAAGCCGGAGUGGAUCCAGGAUUUCUCGAAGGAACUCAAAGCGCAUUCCCAAGUGGCAGGUUGGACCCUGAUAGCUCUUGUUGUGAUUGCUCUUCUGAUUUUCACGUCCAUCACUAGAUGCCAAUCUCCAGUUAAUUUUCUUCACCUUAAGUUCUGGAAACUAUAUUGUCGAAAGGAAGAAGAGAUAUUGAUGAAUGAAGCUAAGAAGCAUGCUACCGAAUUGGCAGAAGAGAAUGUCAAAUGCUUCUUUGAUGUCUCCCAGCCAAAAGACUUUAGAAUACCAAAUUAUAAAGACUGGGAGAAGAUUUCAUUGCAAUUUACAUUCAGUCCUGGAAGUCAAUAUUACAGUAUAUAACACAGGUAUGUUAACAAACAGGAGGAUGACUGUAAUAUUCAACCAUCCAGUAAGGAUGUUGUGAAUCCUGUUUAAGUUCUGUGGAUUCACCUGA